AUGUCAAAACCUAGAAAGACGUAUUCUUUGCACAGUCGGGAACUUGGCGUAAAUUCUCCUGUAACACUUAGCGCUCAGUUGAGGCAGAGCGCUGAGGAAUCUAUCAGAAAACCGACGCCGGCUGAUUUUUUCCAACAUAACCCAACAUCAGAAGCGCACAAUUUCGCAGUGGGCAUGAAAGUGGAAGCGCUAAGUCCAGUAGACAUGAAAGCGUUCUGUCCAGCAACUGUCACAAAAAUCUUUAAUAAUUUAUAUUUUUCGGUUGUAAUCGACGAUCACAUAGAUGAUUAUGAAGGUACAAAAAUGGCCUGGAUGUGUGAUAACAUGCAUCCUUACAUAUAUCCAAUGGGUUGGGCGCAUCGGAAUAAAUUAGAACUUAGGCCACCCAAAGUUUGGAAAGAAGGACCAUUUGAUUGGGAAGAAUAUUUAUCUAUGACUGCGUCAAUCCCAGCACCUGAACACUGUUUUGGCAACAAAGACCUUUUAAAGGGCAUCGAAGUAAACAUGAAGUUAAAGGAUGCAAAUCCUCUAAAUGACAUAGUAAAACAUAUGUUACAUGUAGAACUACUACCAAUCGGGCAGAAAUAUCGGUGUUCCCAAGAAAGUGGCCCUGUGGGAUGGUGUGACAGUAAUAAUUACGACAGUAAUAAACUGCACAUACCCGACACAAAACCAAAAGAGCUUCCUAAACCAGUAGAAGAGCUGAAAACAAUUAAAGAGGACCUGAAAACUAGUGAAGAAUGGUGUGAUAGAAUAUAUUUCAACUACAAAUGUUACGCGGGACCGUCGAUAACUCGAAAUAAAUUGUCCCAAUUACCAAAACAUGUUGGUCCUGGACCAUUACUACUAGUACUAAAGGAAGUAUUGAAUAAAAUAAUAUCGGCCUCGUACAAACCGGCAAAGUUACUGAAGGAUUGGGAGACGGAAGGACCGCCAGAGGAAGGCAUGAGGCUAGAAAUGCUACGAGCAAAAUUGAAAACGAGACCAUACCACGCCUAUGUCCCAAUAGUGACAACAGCGGACCAAGUGGAGUCAUUCUGUAGAGAUGUGUGCGUGAAGCUGCAGGCCUGUCCGACUCUGUUUGGUCCCAUUGAAUACCCAGACCAGUGUCCACACAACUGCCAGCAAGUUGAAAAAUCUACAUUUCAUAAUGGUACAGAACGUCGCCGUAGACCGAAGGGUAGCGUGAACGGUAAAAGAAAAAAGAAAAAGGUUCCGGAAAAAAGGGAGAAGGAGCAACCGCUACAGGAGACAGAGAACAGAGAUGGAGAGUCUGUAGAGAGUGAGCACAGCGCUGGCUCCGUACCGCCCUCCGAGCCCGGAACACGCCCCACGUCGCCCGACAGCUACGACUACAAGCGCGCCUCGAAGAAAAAGCGGGAGGCCAAGAGCAACUACCCCAAGAUGGAGAUGAAAACGCGAGGCGCAAAGCUACCCAAUUUUGCACUACAAAUGAAGGAAUCACAUUGGAAUAAAAAGGACGUUGAAACGAUCUACGGCAACUCCUGCGCGACCAAACGGACACACGUGGAAAGCGACACCGAGAACGAGACGAAUGCGAGCAGUUGCAAUUCGAGGGACGCAAAAAACAUUUCCGAUGUUUCAGACGGCGAGAAGCCGGAACUGAAGAAACUAAAGUUCAGCACAGACGACCCUCUGCCGUCCAAUAAUAUCGUGUUCGACACAGAAAUGGCCUGGAUUAAAAAAAAACUGUCACGGAACCCUGCGGAGUGGUCUAUCGACGAUGUCCACGAGUAUCUCAGUAAUACUGAAGAUUGCAAAUUAAUAGCUGACAAAAUGAAACAGGAAGAAGUCGACGGCGAGGCGUUUAUAAUGUUAGACCUAGAUGUGAUAACACGUUUCUUGCACAUGAAGAAAGAAUUUGCUUUGCAGCUCUGCAAGCACGUCAGUCUGGUUAGGUGGUAUUAUGAUAAUUUUAACGAGAGCGGUGAAACGUGAUAAUGUUGUUCCUUUAUUAUGUUAUCUAGUCCUCUAUGAGUUUAUUUAAAUAAAUGUGUAAUAUAUUU